CUUGCUCGCUUGGGUCGCGCUCCUCCUUUCUCCGCUGCGGGCAAGCGAGCCGCCGCCGGCCGACAUGAAGCCCCGCUGCGCCGCCGCCGCUGCUGCUGCCCGCCCCGGCCUCCUGCUGCCCGGCCUCCUGCUGCUCGGCGGCUCGGUUCUUUUGCAGACCUGUGCUAUGGAUGUUGAAAUGAAGGAUGCUUCCAACGUCACAUGUCUGUAUGCGAAAUGGAUGAUGAAUCUCUCAAUAACCUAUGAAUCAGAAGCCAACUUGUUUAAAACGACCACUUUUCCUCUCCCAGAUCCGUUGUCGUAUGAUGGAAGCAGUUGUGGCAAUGACACAUAUGGACCCGUGUUGGCCAUAAAGUUUGGAGACGGUCAUUCUUGGGCUAUCCAUUUCAUGAAAACAAACACCUAUCAAGGAAGGAUCUUCAUCACGUACAAUACCAAUGAUACAGAGUUAUUCCCAGAUGCUAAAAGGAAAGGGCUAAUUACAAUCUCUGCAAACUAUCCUAUCCGCCCCGUCAAAUUAAAUACACGUUUUGUUUGCAAUAAUGUGGAAACCAUUGAAGCUGCCAGUGUUAAACAAGACUUCUGGAACGUCACUCUGGAGGCUUUUCCUGAGGAUGGCUUCCUAAGUAACAAAGAAACACUGUGCGACAAGGAUACUCCAAGCACACCUGCCAUCGCCACUGUGGCCACGGCACCAGACACCACCAGCGCCGCCACCACCCACUCCAGCGCCGCCACCACCCACUCCAGCGCCGCGGCCACCGACUCCAGCGCUGCGGCCACCGACUCCAGCACUGCUGCCGUGACCACCCCUCCCUCAGCCUUUGUCCAGACAGUUGAGAAACCUGGCACAGGAUAUUACAUGGUGAAAAAUGGUAGCACAGCCUGUCUUUUGGCAAACGUGGCCCUGCAGCUGAACAUCUCUCAAAAGGAACCUCUGGUAUACAACAUAAACCCAAACACCACUGUUGCUACUGGGAGCUGUGGCAAAGCGACCUCUGUCCUCGAGCUGAUCGAUGGCAAAAACAGGCUCACGUUCCUCUUUGCAGUUAAGACUGUGAACUCUGAGAAAUUUUACCUGAAAGAGGUGAACAUCACUGUGUCUGCAUCAGCAAAUGAGACGUUGUCUGCUGCAAAUCGCUCUCUCAGUUACUGGGAAGCCUCUUUGGGCAGUGCUUACAUGUGCAAAAGUGAAGAGACUAUCGCAGUCAGCCCUACGUAUAAAAUAAAUGUCUUCAACUUAAAGAUUCAGCCGUUUGAAGUAGAAGACAACGAAUUCUCAGCAGCUGAAGAGUGCAACCCCGAUGUGGACAACUACUUUGUGCCCAUUAUGGUGGGAGCAGCCCUGGCAGGAUUAAUUUUUCUGGUGCUUAUGGCUUAUUUUGUUGGCCGUAAAACUCAUCGCAAUGCUGGCUAUGAGCAGUUCUAAAAGCGGGAGGCUGAACCUUGGGCUGAACCUUCCCAUUGGGCUGAACCUUGACUUGGGCUGAACCUUCCCAUUGGGCCGAACCUUGACUUGGGCUGAACCUUCCCAUUUUCAACCUGCUAAGGAGCAAUUAGGCCCCGAAGACCUGGCCAUUGGCUUGCAUAUCACAGAGGCCACUUAAAGAACUGCUUUUGCUGCCUGAAAGAGACAAGAGUAUUGUGUGUUGAAUUGGCUACUCAUUAAUAUAAGCUGACUGACGUGGAAUGCCUAAACCGAAUAUGCUUUUAAAAAAACCACUUUGGUGCCAAAACUUUGUGAUGGUACAGCCCCCAGCUGAUGUCCUGUCCCCUAAGAGCUGGCAGAGAAUGAACGCUAGCAUCCUGCAACCCAUGAUAUGUCAACCCGGAGCCAGAUCUCUCUGUCCAUGUUCCUUCCUCUGCCAUUUCUCUUCCCUGGGUUAACCCUGGUUUUCAUUUACAUGUCCAUCAGUACAAAUCAUGGUUGGCAGACAAAACGCGAUUGGUGCCAUGGUAUGAAGUUUCCUUUCCUCAAACCAUAGUCAUUGAGAGAUCUUACUUUCUGGAAUUCCUAUGCAAUGCGAACCCAGGAAGGGAGAAAUUCUUGCAGGAAGCAGAAGGCCCCUACAGUUGGCUUCUAAGUUGCAAACUGGAGCCAAGUCCACACCAACUUCAAAUGCAAGUAAGUUUUGAUUGUGUUUGAAAAAGCAGAUAAAACAUUUGGCAUAUGGAAUUUCCUGGGUCAUUUUGUGAGUUCUUUGAGUGCUGCAUUAAAAGGUUUAUUCACAUAGCUAGGAAACCUGGAAAUGUCUCCACCAGAAACGGUGUUUGUGCAUCCACAAUUUAAAGCUUUUUAAAGGGAUUCUGUGAUGAAAAGGUGCCAUGGUAUUGGGUGUCUCCAAGCGCAUUCUCCCAUUGCCUUCCUAAGCACACUGGAAUUAUUUAGCUUUCCAAAUGUGCACAGAGCCCAAAAAUUCCCAUUUCACUGGCUUUUUACACAAGGACCUCUGAAACAACCCUAUUAAAUGUAUUCUUAAAGUUUGUAUGUUAACUACUUAAAGAUGUGUUUUUAUAUUAAGGAGCUUGGGAUGUUGUACUUGUUGGCAUGAUAGAAAAGGGGGUCAUUAGUUUUUUUCUGUUGAUUGUGCACAGCAUCCAGCGGUAUGUCCUAUGCAUUGUCUUGUAUAAUGUGAAUAUGUGCAUUCAGCCAGUGUAUGUGUGAAAUGCUGAUACUUAGUUUAACCAGUUCACCCAAGCAAAGUAAGCCAUGAUCGCAUAUUUAAAUCAUGGUGUAUGGUAGGUGUGAUAUCCAUAAUCAGCACCAGGUACAGCUUACAAGCCCCGGUCACCUGGUUUGUUGGAAGGGAAACAACUCUCCAAUAAGCCUCCAGCGGCCUAUGGUCACACACCACGAUUCCAAAUAACCCUUUUGAUCAUGUGAACCAGGUUCUUAAUCAGCCAUGCUUGCAUGUCUUACUAAAUCAUGUGUACACCUGUUUUCCCCAUUCCCUCUCCUGCAAGGAGAGAAACCUUUGGCCUUGACCAUGUUUGUUACAUGCUUUGGAGCAACACAUUGUGGUUAAUGUUAGUCAUAGUGGGUUUAAAGCACCAACUCUUACAAUCAUGGCUUCUUCAAACUAAUCAGAGUUAGUUUGAUUAACCACAGAUUCCAGUUUGUAUAAGAAAGCAAGCUGAGAUUAACUAAAAGCAGAAGCUAAUCACUUGGCUGUCCAAGUGGAGGAGAAGGUGGAACUGUGCAAGCCCAAGCGCACUGUGGUUUAUUCCCGCAUGUACAUGACCGGUUAAACCAGAUUCAGUUUGAUGUGUGAAUACAGAUAUGGACUCUGCACCGUGUGUACUGUUGGCUAAAACGGCUGUCUCAAGAAGCCCCUUCUGAAUCCAAAAGGCAGCAAAUACGCUUCCAAAUUAAAAUGGAAGCAUCCUUUGGAGAGAGAGUGGCUGAAAAGAUCCUCAAUUCUCUAAAGUUGCGAAGGCUUCUAAAGCACACCAACAAAGAAUGUUUCAGUCCUACACAACUUCUGAAAUAUAAACUUUAGAAUGCAUAACUCUGUAUGAUGACUUCCUGUAACCAAAACAAAAGAAGUUAAAGAGGAUGCUGCGAUAUUCUAGGGUGCAGCUGGCCUUGUAUGUAUUUCUAGUCAGGAGCUGAAAAUGUUAAUAAAUGAGUUUCCUUGCAACCCA